GGGAGGAAAUCAGAGGAAUAAUCCAGCGAUCUCCAGCAGUCCCCCCCCCCCCAUGUGUCGCUCUCCAGUCUGUUCUGGAAGUCUCUAGCUCUGGCCUCUGCCCACCCCUCAUGUAUUAUUCAGUGUUUACAUACAGUCUCCACCCCUCAUGUAUUAUUCAGUGUUUACAUACAGUCUCCGCCCCUACAUGUCAUAUACAGAGAACACGUGGAAGUGUCUGGAAGCUGCCAGAACAGUCAGCAGUGAAUAUAUAAGAGACAGGAGCCGGGACGUCCUGCAGCACCGAGCAGUCAGAGAGAAGACACUGACAACCAGGGACAUUGUCCUCAGCAUAACCCAGAGCAGAAGAGAAAGCAGCAGGAGAUGUUUCCUCUCAGCCUCCUCCAGUCCUCGCACAGUCCUCUGUGUGUCCAGCCUCCCCUCACCCUCUGGCCGGCAGCCUCACACAUCAUCUUCGGGCAGCUGGAAGACCACAUGAGGACUAUGGGGAACGACCUGGAGAGGAGAAUGCAGCAGGUCAACCAGGCAUAUCAGCUCCUGGACAUGGACAUGAGAAGAAGAGCCGCCCAGAGCCCACGUCCUGAGGGCGAAUCCUCCUCCAUGAGGAAGGAAGGGAAGGAGAACUAUGAGCUCACCCUGGACAUCGGGGGCUUUUCUCCUGAGGAGCUGACAGUGAAGACAGAAGGCAGGAGACUGAUUGUGUCCGGGAAACAUGACAAGAAGAAGGAGGAUGAGCAUGGCGGCUACUUCCAUGAGUACAGAGAGUGGAGGAGAGAAGCCGAGCUCCCGGAGGAUGUGAAUUCUGAGGACCUGCUCUGCUCCCUGUCCAAGGACGGAUGCCUCAACUUCCAGGGACCUCGCCGGGCGCUGCCACCUGUCCCAGAGAGGGCGAUACCCAUCACUGUAGAGGGGCAACAGAACCCCCUGGAGAUCCAGAACAACCAACAUAAAGAAGAACAGAACCCCCUCGGAGAUCCAGAACAACCAAUGUAAUGGAGAACCCCCCCCCCCCCAGGUCCAGAACAGCCAACCUCAUAGAGAACAGAAUCCCGUGGAUAUCCAGAACAGCCAACUUCAUGGAAAAUAGAACCCCCCAGAGAUCCAGAACAGGCAACCACAUGGAGAACAGAACCCCCAGAGAUCCAGAACAGGCAACCUCAUGAAGAACAGAACCCCAGAGAUCCAGAACAGCCAACCUCAUGGAGAACAGAAGGAAGGUCCAAGUUCUUCCUGAGAAGAUGAUGGGACUAUGACUUACUUUUGCACUCUCUAUAACCAACAAGACAAUAAUAUCCUUCACUUUCCUUACUUAGAAGAUUUCACCUCCCGUUAUACCUAUAAAUUGUAUUGUGUAUUGUGUCUUUACCUUUAAGGAGCAAGAUGACCAAAUCACAUGAUUGUACAUGAAUCUGUAUUUUUUUUACUUUUUAAGUUAUAUAAAGUAAAAUGUUCCUUUUAGUUUUUAUUUACUGGAGUUACUA